UUUCAUAAAUGGAAUGAAUUAAGGAGUAAGGAAGAAGAGAGUGUAGCAUAAACACCAUUCCCACACCUUGCAACUUACCUUUUCUUCUCUCUCAAAUCUGAAUCUCGUCGUCUUCUUCUUCUUCUUCUUCUGAAUCUCUUCAUCACAUUCACUCUCAUUCGUUCUUCAUGAGCACUACUCAACCGCUUCCACUUUCAGUUUCAGGGGGCGCAAGCCCGUUCUCGAUGUCAGGGUUCACGCGUCUCUGCAAAGGCCUCGUUGUGGUGCUCGUUGCUGCUCACAUUGUCGUUACCGUCUUCCCCUCUGCCGUUACCUACGUCGCUCUCAUUCCUGCAAGGACAAUCCCAUUUGGCUGGAACCUUAUUACAGCUGGUUACAUUGAACAAUCUAUAUAUGGGGUAGUGGUCAACACCCUUGGUCUUCUGUUCAUUGGGAAGCUGCUCGAACCAGUUUGGGGUCCUAGGGAAUUCAUAAAGUUUAUCUUUAUAGUUAACGUUCUGACUUCUGUGUGUAUUUUCAUCACUGCUAUUUCUUUAUACUACAUUAAGACGCAGGAGACUUACCUUUAUAUGCCACUUUCUGGAUUUCAUGGGGUAAUAUCCGGUUUGUUGGUCGGCAUCAAGCAAAUCAUACCAGAUCAAGAACUUCCAGCCCUUAAGAUAAAAAUGAAGUGGUUGCCGUCUAUCAAUGUAUUGUGUUCUAUUGCUACGAGCUUCUUCACGCUGGAGGCAAUGUCAUAUCUUCCAGCUAUAAUAUUUGGCACAUACAUGAGCUGGAUUUACCUUAGAUACUGGCAGAGGAAAUCAGAAACAAAGUAUAGGGGUGACCCAAGCGAGGAUUUUGCAUUCUCUACAUUUUUCCCCGAGAUUUUAAGGCCAGUUAUAGACCCUAUUGCAUCAAUAUUUCAUCGAAUGCUAUGUGGAAGAUCCAGUGCAUCUAAUGAUGCUCAAGGCUACUCCCUAGGAGCUGAACCUUUGCCGGGUUCUGACUCCAUUGAGGCAACUAGGAGACG